CAUAUCAGAUCCUCACUUUCAGAUAAGUAAAUAGCUUAUGGAGAUAUAUGAAUGUACUUUUUGUAGAAACAUGGAAGCUCAUACAAUAAGUGCCUCCAUUAUUAAUAAUUUACUGCUUAAUAAGAGCAUUGAUAUUGUGCUGUUUGAAAUUGGUGACUUUUUAACUCAUAAAGUAAAACAGAAAUGGAGAAAAAGGGCAUGGCUCAUCAAAUGAACCUGCAAAUGCUAAAGAAUCUGUCAAGAAAGGAUAGAUUCGUGGAUAAAACAUGGAAGAAAGCAGCAUUGUAUGAAAAUCACAGAUUCUCGUCGUUCCGAAGAAUGCAAAUCUGUUCAAGUGCAGCCAGCGUCUUGGAGGCAGAAACUGGAUUCAAGAUGCAUCACGGAAUCACAAACAGUAUCAGAUCUCAGGCUCUCAGAAGACUGUAUGACGUCAACAGCAGAAGUCUCAGAAGGAGCCGUAGUCCUGUCAGCAAGCUCCGAAUAAGGAGGGGAACCGGUAAAAUCAAUAAUAAAAUGCAAUCUGGUUUAGGCUCAUCAUAUAAAUUUUAUGAUGGGUUUGCAAAUUGCUCGUCAGGCUCCUCAUGCAAUUCAAGCUGCACUGAAGAGAUCAACACAAGAUGCAAUUUUUCAUACGAUGAAACCUGUGACAAGAAAAAAAAUCAGAUAACAGAUUCAUUGCAUGCAUCUAAGAACGCCAACGAUGUAAACCAAAGAAAUUUUACCUCGCAAGGAUGGAAAACACAGAAAAAUCACCCACUUCGUUCUUUGAAAAAUCAAGAAUCUCAUGGGUUACAAGGUGACCCUGAUCAAAGUGUGAGAGAGCGUGAAGCAAAUCAUUUGGGUUUGAGCCAAAAGUAUAGGCCUAAACAUUUUAAGGACUUCGUUGGACAGAAAAUUAUAAAGAAAUCACUUAAGAAUGCAAUACUUACACAAAAGAUUGCAACUUUAUAUAUGUUCUAUGGGCCAAGUGGGACAGGGAAAACAUCUGCUGCCAGAAUCUUUGCUUCGGCUUUGAAUUGUUUAUCUCCCAACAGGAAACAAAAACCCUGUUGUAAAUGCAAAGAAUGCCAGCUUUGCUUGUCUGAAAAAAGCCCUCAUGUCACAGAACUAAAUGCAGCUGACUAUGAUGAUAUUGAAAGAAUUAAAUUAAUCCUUGAGACAUUAAAAAUCGAUUCUGUGGCUUCUCGCUACAUGAUCGUUAUUGUAGAAAACUGUCAUGAAUUGAGUCCCGAAAUACUGAGAUCUGUAUUCCUGAAAUGCGAGGAAAAUGCUCCUGGUUAUGUGGUGUUUAUUCUGAUUACAGUAGAUUUAGAAAAGGUUUCUAAAACAGAACUGUCAAGAUGUCAGAUGUUUUACUUUCAGAAAAUCAGGGAUGUGGAUAUGUUGAAUAGGCUUAAGAAUAUAGCAGUUGCAGAAAAUAUCAAUAUUGAAGAAGAAGCGUUGCAUUUAAUCACAAGAAGAGCAAGCGGUUCAUUAUCGGAGGCAGAGAUGGCAUUGGAACAAUUCAGUCUCCUUUCUUCAAAAGUUACACUCUCAAGGGCUCGUCAAAUGAUUGGUUUGUUGCCAGACGAAAAACUACUGGAUUUACUUGACUUCGCAUUGACAGCUGACAUUGAAAAUACAGUGAGAUGCACACGAGAUAUCAUUGAUUCAGGAGUCAAGCCACUUACCCUUGUUUCACAGCUAGCUACUCUAAUCAUGAAUAUUCUGGCCAAUAGUUCAAAGGCACAAGAAGCUAGAAUUUUCUUGGGCGGCUCUUACUCAUCUCUGGACCAAACAGAGAAGUUAGGCCGUGCAUUGAAAAUCCUUUCAGAAGCAGAAAAGCAACUGAGAGCUUCAAAUGAGUGCAUUUCUUGGCUCACAGCUGCCCUUCUACAAUUUGGACCAGAUGAGACAAACCCUAAUCCUAUUUUGAGCCAAAGGGAAGUGGAUGAAAUAGAUAUUCAAGAAGAGGAAACAUGUCAUGACAUCGAUCACCAGAACGUGUAUGAAUUUCCAGCCAAAAUUCUUCCAGUAUCUAAUCCCAAGACAAUUGAAGCUAAAGACCCCGGCAUUGCAAAUUCAGUUAAUUCAGGAUGUGGGUUCUUCCAAAACUCAACUAAUGCUUUUUGCAACCAAAACAUAACCAAACCUUUUCACUCAAAUGGUACAAAGGCAAAUGCUUUUCUAGUGCCAUCUUCAUCGCCAAAUUGUGCAAGCAAGACAGGAACACUGGAGCUCAGUCCUAUGAGCCCAUGCAAAGUGGGGCAGAUAUGGCAAAAAGUGCUCAAAAAUAGUCAGUCUACUACUCUUGAGGACUUGUUGCAAGGUCAAGCAAAGUUGGUGUCCCUACUAGUAUGCAAAGCCAAUGCGGGUGCAGUAGCCCAUGUGGAGUUAAUAAACCAGCACCAACAAGUAAAACUCGAAAGCUUAGAGAAAACCAUAUCCAAUGCAUUACAAGAAGUUCUUGGAUGUCCUGUUGAGGUGAAAAUGGUAAUGGUUUCCUCAAGUUGUGGAAACAACAGUUCAUGGGAAGGCACAAAUGCUAUCUCUUAUAACCCAAAAGAUACAUUGUAUUGUCAGGAAAAUAAACUGAAGUCCUCUAAGACUAACUUAAUCAGACGCAUUCUAGUACUUGUACAGAAGCAUAAAAAAUGCACUAAGAGGAGAAAACUGGGAUUUUCUUUUAAGCAUGUGCCUUGCCCAAAGCUAAGCUGUUUCUACUUUUCUACUAAAAGAUGUCUUUGUGCAGAGUGUUGAGAGGGUUUAGCUUAUGAAUUUAAAAGUUAAUGCUUUUCUUGUUUUAAAUGAGUUAAAUUUAAUAUUGUCA